AUGACGCUGACGUCGCGUCUCUAUACUCCGUGGCACAGUUCCAACCUGACUACGCUCCCCUACACGCCCAUUCUCCCUGAAUCCUUUGGCGGUCCCAUUGCCACCCUCACCACCACUUUCAUUCUCGUGUUGCUCGCCGCCGUCGUCUCAGCAAAUCCCAAGACCUCCAAGACAAACGGAAAGCCCAUCCCCCUCCUUAACCCCAAGCGUUGGUUCGAGCUGUCCACAGCCCGCGCCCGCCGCGAAUAUGACACGAACAGCUGGAACAUGACGCUCAGGGGGAUGGAGAAGUUCCGCGGCGAGCCCUUCCGCCUGCUGACGACGGAGCUCGAGGGCACCGAGGUUGUGGUCCUGCCGCCGCGGUACGCGGAGGAGCUCAAGAGCGACGAGCGUCUCAACUUCCCGGCGCUCAAGUCCAUGGGCAUGCACGGCACUCUUCCGGGCUUCCAGACCAUUGGGACGCUGGCCCAGGACAACCGGAUCAUCCAGAUGGUGACACAGCAGGACCUGACGCGGUCGCUACCGCGCCUGACUGCGGCGCUGUCGUCCGAGUGCGCGGCGGCGCUCGAGGACGCGAUCGGCGGCGGGAGUAAAUGGAAGGAAGUCAUGGUACGGAGCGGUCUUAGCCUACCCGCGGUCGCACGCCUGAGCACCCUGGUCUUCAUGGGGCCCGAGUCGUGCUACGACCGUGAGUGGAUCGAGAUUGUCAUCGGGUUCACUGUAAACAUUAUGCUGGCGAACAUUGCGCUCCAAGCCUACCCGCGCUGGCUGCGGCCCCUGGCGAACCACGUUGUACCGCAAUGCCGGCUCUUGCGGGCCCAGGAGCGCCGGGCGCGGGAGAUGAUCGACGACAAGCUCGCGGCGCGGCGGGCUUUCAAAGAAAAAGAGGAAAACCUGGGCAGCGGCAGCGAGGCCCAGCCCAGCCACGCGCUGGACUGGUUCCAGAGCCAGCAUCAGAGGCUGGGAGGCGAGUACAACCCAACGCUGACGCAGCUGAUGCUUUCGUUCGCGGCGAUCCACACGACGGCCGACCUGCUGACGCAGGUGAUUCUGGACCUGGCGGUGCACCGGGACCUGAUGGAGCCGCUGAGGAGGGAGAUCGUGGAGGCUCUGGACGGGAAACCGAUCGAUAAGGCGGCGAUGCAGAAGAUGAAGCUUCUGGACAGUGUGAUGAAGGAGAGUCAGAGGAUGAAGCCCAUGCAGAUCGCGUUCAUGGAGCGAAUUGUCCUUGAGGAUGUCACACUUUCGGGAAACAUCGAGCUCAAACGCGGCACAGCAACCAUGAUCAUGCCGAGGUUACGAGAUCCCACGCUGUAUGAGAAGCCCGACGAGUAUGACGGGUACCGGUUCUACCAGCUGCGGCAAAAAGCUGGCAGGGAGAAGGCUGGCCAGCUCGUCGCGGCCACGGCAGACUUCCCGGCCUUCGGAUACGGCCAUCAUGCUUGUCCCGGACGCUUCUUCGCCGCGCACGAGGUCAUGAUAGUGAUGUGUCACCUGUUGCUCAAGUACGACUGGAAGGUUGCUGACGGGGCUGAGGAGCCGAGAUGGCGGGCGCACGGGAACGGGCUCGAGUGUGAUGGGCUGGCCAAGAUUGCCAUCCGCAGACGAGAUACGGGAGAGGAGGUAUCGCUGUGA